GAAAAACAUGUGGAGCCAGGCAGGUUGCUGGCAGAGCUGUCUAGAGGGCAUUUAUCCAUCGGUGGACUGUCCUAGUGCAGCAGUUAGUCAAUAAGUGCUCUCACCUCCCCACUUUGGGUCUCAGAUUUUUUUUUUUUCUUUCUUUCUUUUGUUUUGUUUUAGAGACUGGGUCUUGCUCUGUCACCCAGGCUGGAGUGCAGUGGUGUGAUCAUAGCUUACUAUAGCUUUGGAAUCCUGGGCUCAAGGCAUCCUCCUGCCACAGCCUUCCAAGUAGCUGGGACUAUUGGCUUGCACCACCAUGCUUGGCUAAUUAAAAAAAACAAAACAAAACAAAAAAAAAAAACACCUUCAUAGAGUUAGGAUCUUUCUGUGUUGCCCUAGCUGGUCUCAAACUCCUGGCCUCAAGUGAUCCUCCUGCUUGGACCUCCCAAAGCGUUGGGAUUACAGGCUCCUGUGACCAUGGGCCUCAGGCCCUGAGGAUACGGGGCUCCCUGUGGCCAUGACGACGGGUGACUGCUGCCACCUUCCUGGCUCCCUGUGUGACUGCUCUGGCAGCCCUGCUUUCUCCAAGGUCGUGGAGGCCGCAGGCCUCGGUCCACCCCAUUAUGUGGCACAAGUGACUUCAAGGGAUGGCCGGCUCCUCUCCACUGUCAUCCGUGCCUUGGACACACCAAGCGACGGUCCCUUCUGCCGGAUCUGCCAUGAGGGAGCAAACGGGGAAUGCUUGCUGUCCCCAUGUGGCUGCACUGGCACCCUGGGCGCCGUGCACAAGAGCUGUCUGGAGAGGUGGCUUUCCUCGUCUAACACUAGCUACUGUGAGCUGUGCCACACAGAGUUUGCAGUGGAGAAACGGCCUCGACCCCUCACAGAGUGGCUGAAGGACCCGGGACCGCGGACGGAGAAGCGGACGCUGUGCUGUGACAUGGUGUGCUUCCUGUUCAUCACGCCCCUGGCCGCCAUCUCAGGCUGGUUGUGCCUGCGCGGGGCCCAGGACCACCUCCGGCUCCACAGCCAGCUGGAGGCCGUGGGUCUCAUUGCCCUGACCAUUGCCCUCUUCACCAUCUAUGUCCUCUGGACACUGGUCUCCUUCCGCUACCAUUGCCAGCUGUACUCUGAGUGGAGAAAGACGAACCAGAAAGUACGCCUGAAGAUCCAGGAGGCCAGUGGCCCUGAGGGCCCCCAGCAUUCUCCGCUGGUGGCUGGACUCCUGAAGAAGGUGCCCGAGGAGACACCGGUGUGAAGGCUGGGCUCCCUGGGCCUUGCAGCAGAGACCCCAGAGGUAGCUGGCGAUGCCCUGUCCUGUGGAAGGAUAGAAACUGCCCAACACUUCCUGCACAGCCUGAAUACUUCUUAGGCCAAGAGACACCACGCGGAGCCGAGUCUGUGAUCCUGUGUGAUGAUAUUUUCAGGUUUUUUUUUUUUUGUUUUUUGCACACUUGUUGUUCAUGUCAAGGACAGGUACACGGUCCUGAGCUCUGGAUGGAGCAGGCACCCUGAUCUCAUGCUGAGGUCCACGUUGCACCUCUGGGACAGCAGCUGUGGCCAGUGUAUCAAGGGCAUCCUUAGAGCUGGAACGUUCCAGCAAGCUUCUCGCACUUCCCUGCACCUGGCAGGCUCACUUUCCUGGCACCCUCGACUUUCUAUAAAAGUUGCACUGCAUUUCAAAAACCCACCCCUGAAUGAAUAAAAGGAGCCCUGGCUGGACAAAA